AUGGCCGACAAUACGGCAGACCAGAGGUCUAGCAGACCAAAAUCUCGCCAGUCAAUCGCUCAUAUGCCGUCGGCGAAGCCGCCCUCGUCGAGGGACAAUGCGACAACCGACAUUGCUGCGCUCCAGGCUCGACAUACAAACGCCAAAGCAGCCAAGAAGAAGUCGCGCGGUAAGAGUCUCGGUCCAGGAGGACUUGAAGCUUUGAAAGAGUCGACAGGAAACGCAGCCGAGACUACGACACCCUUCCAGAUAAAAUCCAUACUAAAACCAUCCAUACCUCUGACGCCACCUAAAGCUAUACCGUCCUUUGACGAGCUGCGCAAGAGGAGUACAGGAAAGGACAAGUCACAAGCCAAGAACAAUCCCGAAGAGCUUCUCAUUGAUUUCUCGACACCCGGUCCCAGUGGGCAGAAUGCAGGCGCGGUCUCAACGUCGGGCGCCGAGAAUGUUGCGGACCCAUUUAGUCCCAUGGUGCGACGAUCCCCGAGGAAGGCUGACGGGGCUGAUGGAAGCGCUGAAGCGCUGGAGCGCCAGCAGGAAGAAGAGCGGAGACGCCAGGCACAGAAGGAGGCCAUAUUGGAAAGGAGAGCUGCGAGGAGGAAAUCCCUGGCGAACCGCCGAGUUUCCUUUGCACCGGAGGCUACUUUGCAUACGUGGAGCGUUAUGGAACUUGCAGAAGACUCAACGACUAGCUCUGCCUCCAACUCUACAAGAAGACAGUCCUCGAUGACAGCAGUACACUCACCGGUCAAAUUGAUGACAUCGCCUGAAAAAUCAGAUGUGCCUUCAACUCCUGCUGAACAGACCGAGGAGCCGCUUGUCAAGGAGUCCCCUGCGAAACAGACGGAUCUCCACCAAAAGAAACGCAGACGCAGAAGCUCAGGCCUCGCAGAGCCCACGCUGGAUGCUACUGAAGAGUUGAUGUAUUCGUCGAGUCCUUCAGGUGAUGUCACCACCAACAGCAGUCCUGUUCGCUUCGAGGAAGGCAUUGAGUCUUCGGAUGAGUCAGACACCGAUGGCGAUACCGCGAUGAGCCUAGAGGAUGCCACCUCGCACACGGUAGCUUCUGAGGAUUCCGGAUCAAGCACUCCUUCCAGCCUGGAAGAACGUCUGCGGCAGGCUGCUGAGCAAGCUGGAACCCGCGGUAUAGACUAUGACGAGCAUGGCGAGGAUUUCCCCAUGGAGAUGGCUACCGGCACCGUGACAAACGCCUUUCAGGGCUGGGCACAAGGCCGUGCUCAUGAGACCGAAAGCGAUGAAAUGUACGACCAGGAAAAUCUGUACCCAAAGCUAACCUCGCUACCAGCAAAGCAUGAGCACGAGGCUGAGAUCGACAAUGAAAGCGAGGAUCAGAGCGGGGAGAUGAGUAUGGACGUCACAAGCGCUGUUGGCGGCAUAGUAACAGCCCGAUCUCCCAACAAGAAGGGCUCAAAAUCACCUAUCGCACGUCGCCGAAGCAGCAUGCGGCGCCGCCGCUCAUCUGGUAACGAAUCCAUGUUUGAUGAGACCAUGGACUUUACAGUCAUGCAAGGAGGGAUCAUCAGUGCUGGAAUUGAGGAAACGGUGAACAGCCGCGCGUCCGACGAAGAUAUCAGCAUGGAAUUCACGCAGGUAGCUGGAGGCGUCCUGGGUGGAGCUGUCACUCGACACUCCGUGGUCUCCGAACAGACCGAUGAAAACGAGACCAUGGAUAUGACCGCAGCUGUUGGAGGAAUCUUACCCCCUAUUGAGGAGCAGACCGAGCCUCAGACGGAUGUGGAAGAGCAGACCGUGGCUAUGGACAUGACCAGGGCGGUUGGAGGCAUUCUUCUGAGCAACAGCAACCAGGCGAUGAGACAGUCUCCUGCAAAUAACGGCCUUCAUUCACCACGACGCCUACCAGCUGAGCAAACCACACCAAAAUCUCCACCAAAGACACAUCAACACCGGACAUCUACAGCCUCAGAAACCGGCAGUCCGAGUAUUGCUAUGAAGCCACGACUAUCAGGCAGAUCCCAGCGGAGCGCCACGAAGGCUGCUUCUACUCCACAAAUUGCGCAGCCGCAGAGCACACCCGUCAAGUCACAAACUAGAAUACAACAAGGCACCCCGUCAAAACAGAUCACACCACUCCCUACACGACCCGAAUCUCCAAACAAAACUCCCUUGUCUGCAAACGUUUCGCACAGAAGCGCUUCGCCAAAGAAGUUGUUCAAGGCUGAGAUCAAAGCCAGGACAUCGCCGGCCUCUGCAAAACGAAACACACUCUUUUCACCAGGUAACCAGACUCCCAGUAUCAUCCUGAAAGCACCCAAAUCACAGCUAGCCCGUCGACGGUCGAGUGGGAUUGGCAUUGACAAAGAUGGGAUCGGCUCUCCGCGAGUGACUGAACUUCUGGACCGUCGGUCCUCGAUUGGAAACGCCGCACCCCAGUUCAAGCUUGUUAGUAUUGAGCCUGCAACGUUGCGUUCUGAAGACCCAGAACAACUUGCGCGGGAGGUCGAGGCUGAAAGAGCAGAAGAGCAGCGCAGAGAGAGUGGCAGAUUUGUCAUGGAACAAGAAGCAGACGAACCUCAGGAUGAGAACGUUACUUUACAGCUUAAAGAUAUGAUAGAGUCAAUGACGCCGCAGAAACCAAAAUCUGGCAAGCUCAAAGGCAGAAAGAGCCUUGCCGUUGGGGGUGCUAGAGGCUUUCUGGGAAAGCGGCCUGCAGAACUCGAUAUGGAUGACGACGAGGAGGCUGACUCAACUCCGAAGCGCUUAAGAGUGGUUUCUAGAGAGGGCAGCCCGGUGAAAAAGGUUCGCCUGCCGAAGCCACCCACCAAGGACGAAACAACUGGCAAACUCGGUACAAGACUUCAGAAGUCACUCCAAGAACUGGCGGACAAUGACAAGGCGACUCCAAGUCUUGGAGCAACGUCACCAAGCAAAGACACUGUUGCGCCGAGCCCAGCCAUCACUAAACGCUUCAAGGAUAUCAAAGGCAAUGAUGAAGCAAGACCAGAAUCGUUCGAGGACAAACUUGAUAACGUGGUUGGAGCUAUCGACAUCUCCACAGCUCAGAUGGAAGAAGGAUCGGCCCGGAGUGAAGAGGAGAAGAUCUCCCUUCAGCAGUUUUUGAACAUGACCAAUAUCCAUUUCAUCGAACUGUCAACCACAAAGAGGAGGCAUACAAUGGCACAGUCGAUUCCGGCCUCGGGAUUCGAGACAAGUACGAGCGGCAGUGACACAGCGGACAACUUUGUUGCGGCUGCCACCACGCUGCCACUCCUUGAACUGUAUCAGCAUGCGACGAGAGAGCUCAAGUCUUACAUCUCUGCAGGUCGCAAGAUCAUCCGCUCUAUUGAAGCAGAGACCCUUGCUGAUCAACCACCACUUUUCCGAGAAUACGUCGAUGCUCGCCCAGACGUGAAGAUAGUGAUGGACAACCAGUUCCGUAAUGGCAAGGCCAAUGCUCGUCUGCAGAGCAAGGAGGGAUGGUAUCAGUGGAGAGCGCAACUAGUCGAGGGUCUCAAGAAUGGGCUAGAGGGUAUCGACCAAGGCAUACAAGCUGAUCUUCAAGUCUUACAGCAACAGCGACAGAUCCUGGAUUCUGUGCUCCCUCGGCUGGAUCGCGAACGAACUGAACUCGAAGAGCAGAAGGCAUCGCUACAGCAGAGCCUGGAGGAACUAGACAGCAUUGACCAUGAUUCUUUGACCAAUUUACGGCGAGAAUUGCAGAGUGCCGACGAAUAUUGUCUUCAAAGAUCUGCUUUGCUCGACUCACUCCGCGAACAAAUGGGAGAAAAAGAAGAGGCACUGCUAGGCGCCGCCGAACUGAAGAUUGAGAUGGAAGAACAAAUUGCAGAAGCAGAUCGAGUAAGAGAAGAAAACAAGGGUUGGCCUGUCGCAGAUGUCCUGAACCUCAGGUCAAGGGUUGAUGCCAUUGAGAAACAGACGGGCUGGCGACUGAUUGCUGCAGAAGAAGAAGUGGAAGAACCAACCGAGUUCGGAGCUGCCCUCACCAUGAUGUACAAGGAUGACCUGCGACUCUUCUUUUACCCUCAAGCUUUCGAAUACAAGGCUCCAGAUGCACCACGGCGCAGAUCAGGCAGAAGAUCAGCAUCGACAAGCGGUCCAACUGCCCCUAUCAGCUUGACUUACGCUCCCUCAGACCAAGAGGACUCGGACGCCAAACAACUAGAGCCGCCGACCGAGAAACGUUUCUUCUUGCAGUUGGUCAGAAGCCAACUGCACGCGUUUGCCAUGAUGCCGAAGCGGUCAGUGUCAUCCAAAACUAUGCUAUCAACUGUGUCUCAGGGCUGGGAUCUUGCAUGCAAGCUUUCGGAAGAACUUCGACUUUUGAAUCUUGUAGGCAUCACGACGGCCUCAAUCCUGAGUGACGAGAAACUCGGAGUCAAAGUCGUAUUGAUCAGCCCGAAACAAUGGCGUGUUGAUGUUGAGUUUGCGGUAACCGUCGCGAUUCUGAAUGACGGCGUCAUUGUUGCUUCCACCGGAGUAACAGCGCAUCCAGUUUAUGGACGUGCAGUGGAACUGCUGAGUGGUGGCAAGGGUAGGAAAGUGCAGCACGCGUUGGGGAAGGAGGUCGAGAGUAGAGUCCUGGGCGAGGGAGCGUUUGUCAGUGCGAUCCACGGCUUCGAGGAGUGGUUACGUGGACAGGACAAGGCGAAACAAGCCACCAAGCUGGAGGAAGUGGCAGCGUCUGUUUCUACCUCUGAGCCUGCUCCCUCUGCUGCUUUCUCCAAAACAUCGACACUCCCUUCGAGCUCGACUUCAGCUUCUACUCCAGCGGCACCCAAGCGGUCUCCUCUGGCGCCUAAACGAACCAACCCCCUUCAAAAGAAAGCUCUUCCGGUCCCCAAGCAGCGGCACGAAAAGGCGAAUCCUCAACAUCAACAUCCGCAGCCAGCCUCGGAGAAAGAGAACUUUGACCCGUCCUUGUCGGUCUCAAGCAAGACGCAAACCCGUCUGGAAGAAAGAGCAGGCACCGUCGACUCGGCGGCCGGGUGGGAGGAUAUGCGUGACAUGGUGAUACCCCGUGCGGCCAUCCCGCCCGAGAUGCAGGAGGCCAUGAUGCACACGCCCAUCAAGAAGCGCGUGGGUGCUUUGAGGAGGAGUCCGUUCUGA